AUGAAGUUCUCCUCUUCCGCCGUUCUCCUGGCCGCCGCCAUCGGUGCCUCUGCUCACCCUAGCGGCCACGCUCACCAGCGUGCUCACGCCAAGCGCGACUUCAUCGUCGCCAACCAACCCGUCACUGUCUACGAGACUCACGUUGUCACUGCUGCUGCCGCCCCUGCUACCGCUGUUCCUGAGGCUCCUGUUUCCGUUCCCUCUCAGCCUGAGGAGGCCGUCCCCAAGUCCGCUGCCGCCGGUCCCUGGACUCCCGAUAUUCCCAAGCUCAACAAGGGCAAGAAGCACAGCUCCGGCUCCGGCUUCAAGCCUUUCUGUGGUGGCAAGAAGGCCAAGCGUGCCACUCUUGAGGACAUUGCUGCUACCGGUAACACUGGUGUUGCUGGCGACUACGGCUGCAACAUGAUGACUGUCGACUCCGCCGUCGCUGACAAGUACACCUACACCACCACCUUCAAGAACUCCCACGAUGAGGACAAGGAGUGUGCUUGCUGGAACAAGAUCGGUCCCCUGGGCAAGAUCGACGGUUUCUUCGCCAAGAACAUUCCCCUGCACUUCACUGUCUGUGCCAAGAGCUCCCAGGUCGUUGCCUUCGACGAGGACUCUCAGGGUGGUUGCGCCUGCUCCUCCAAGGAGGUCCCCACCACCAACAACGGUCUCGUUGCCGGUACCUGGCUCGAGUUUGACUUCGGCAGUGAGCGCAACGGUGGUUGGUCCGGUGCCGAUGCUUCUUGCCUUGUCUCCGCUAAGGAGAAGCUCGACAUCCCCGGUCUCCGAGUCUGCGGUCACAACACCUGCUCCACCAUCAACCCCGGUGGCACUGGUACCAACGCCUACCUCGGCGGUAUGGAGGCUGAGGAUGGUAUCGGUCUGAACAUCAACGACAAGUUGGUCCGCCUCACCGUCGACAUCGACUACCAGGGCUAA